AUGACGACGGCAAGCGAAAUCGCCAUGGACGACUCCGAACUCGAACAGGUACCCCAGCUCCCUCCCCCCUCGACUUUGGCCCUCCGCAAGGCCCGUCUAACCAGCGCACGACAGAUCCGAAAAGCCCGCCUCGAGCAGCUCAGGGCCGAGUCCGGCGCAAGCGGCGGCGGCCAACCAUCCAACGGCGGCCAGGACCAAGCCAGACAGCAAGACGACGCUCGGCAACACGUGCUGAACCAGAUUCUGCACCCCGAGGCCGCCGACCGCCUAGGCCGCAUCAGGCUCGUCAAGGAGCAGCGCGCGACGGAUAUCGAGAACAGGCUCAUCACGCUAGCGCAGACGGGCCAGCUGAGGCAAAAGGUCACGGAGGCGCAGCUGAAGGAGCUCCUGAACGCCAUGGCAGAUACCAAGGAGGAGGAGAAGAUUGUCGUGAGCAGACGGAAGGGCUGGGACGACGACGACGACGACCUGCUCGGCUUGUGA